ACCAAUCGAAAUCCAGUAGAAGACAAUGUGACAGCAGAGGAGCAGAAGCACAGUCCCGGGCAGACUGCCAUUCCGAGCGAUCCAGAGUGUGCCCCCGAGAGAGAGUCGGAGGAUGCAGACAGCGGGCGUCUGAAGAAGAAGAGGCUGCUCUCUCCCGAGGAAGGCGAGGAGGGAGAGGAGGAGGACGAGGAGCCCGCGCUACACAGCUGCGACAGCUGCCAGCAGGUGUUCGAGUCGCUGAGCGAUCUCACCGAACACAAGAUUAAUCAAUGCCAGCUGACAGAUGGUGCAGACAUCGAAGAUGACCCAUCGUGUUCCUGGCCAGCGUCAUCUCCCUCCAGCAAGGACCAGACGUCUCCGGGACAUUGUGAGGACUAUGAUUUUGGUGAGGACGAAGGUGGCCCCGGCCUGCCGUACCCGUGCCAGUUCUGUGACAAGACUUUCAGCCGCCUGAGCUUCCUCAAACGUCACGAGCAGAGCCACGGCGACAAACUCCCGUUCAGCUGCACCUUUUGCAGCCGUUUGUUCAAGCACAAGCGCAGUCGCGACCGACACGUCAAGCUGCACACCGGUGAUAAGAAGUACCACUGCGGUGAAUGUGAUUCGGCUUUCUCCCGCAGUGAUCACCUCAAAAUCCACAUGAAAACCCACUCCUCCAACAAACCCCACAAGUGCCCCGUGUGCCGCCGAGGCUUCCUCUCUUCAAGCUCGCUGCACGGCCACAUGCAAGUGCACGAAAGGGGCAAAGAGGGUGGCAGCUCAGGCCUCUGUAGAGUCGAUGAAUGGAAGCUGAAAGAAACCCGCAAAUGCAGCCGUUGUGAGGAAGGCUUCGACGUCCCAGAAGAUCUCCAGAGGCACAUUGCCGAGUGCCACCCUGAGUGCUCCCCAUCAGAAGAUGGGGGGCUGGGUGCCACACUUCAGUGCAUCUACUGCCAUGAGCCCUUCAGCGAUGACGGAGCCCUGCUGACCCACAUCGACCAGGCCCACAGCCGGGACCGCAAGAGUCACUCGUGUGCGAUCUGCUCUGAGCACUUUUUGUCUGUUGAAGACCUCUAUGCUCACAUGGACAUCCACCAACUCCCUGAGUCCAGUAACCAUAGUAACAGCCCUUCUUUGCUGACCGUGGGCUAUACCUCUGUCUCUAGCACCACUCCUGACUCUAACCUCUCUGUCGACAGCUCCACAAUGGUGGAAACAGCACUGCCUGUCCCCAAGACGAGAGGCAGGAGGAAGAGGGCUGCCCAGAACACAUCAGACAUAGGAGGUCGCUCUGCUAAACAGCCUAAAAUUUCCUACAGUUGCAUUUACUGCAACAAGCAAGUGUUUUCCAGUUUGGCUGUGCUUCAAGUCCACCUACGGACCAUGCAUCUGGACAAGCCAGAGCAGGCUCACACGUGCCAGUUUUGCUUGGAGGUCCUGCCCUCGUUAUUAAAUCUGAAUGAACAUCUAAAGCAGGUCCACAAUGCUGAAGGCCAUGCAGCCCUGUUAGCCAGCUUGCCCGAUGCCCUCCUUCAGUGCAACUUCUGUCCAGAGAUCCUGAGUGAUCUCAACGCCCUGCAGGAGCAUAUCCGCUGUUCCCACGGCUUCCCAAGCCCGGUGGCCAAGGAGAGCAACGCCUUUUUUUGCCCGCAGUGCUUCAUGGGUUUCUUGACAGAGGCAACCUUGGAAGAGCAUGUUCGUCAGACCCACUGUGACAGUGGUAGCCUGCGUUUCGACUCCCCUCUGGCUGUUACUCCCAAGGAGCCUAUCGUAGAGGUGUACUCCUGCUCUUACUGCACCAAUUCACCCAUAUUCAACAGUGUUCUGAAGCUCAACAAGCACAUCAAGGAGAAUCACAAGAACAUUCCGCUGGCACUCAACUACAUCAAUAAUGGAAAGAAGACGUUGCACGCUCUCAGCCCCUCGUCUCCAAUAUCGGUGGAACAAGCGUCCAUGCUAAAGCAAGGCAACUCAGCCACACGCUCCUCCAAUGAAUUCAUAUGUAACCAGUGCGGAGCCAAAUACACCAGCUUAGAUCUUUUCCAGACUCACCUGAAGACUCACCUGGAUGGCCUGCAGCCACAACUUACCUGCCCGCAGUGCAACAAAGAGUUCCCAAACCAGGAGUCCCUGCUGAAGCAUGUCACCAUUCACUUCACCAUCACCUCCACGUAUUACAUCUGUGAGAGCUGUGACAAGCAGUUCACUUCUGUGGAUGACCUGCAGAAGCACCUGCUGGACAUGCACACCUUUGUGUUCUUUCGCUGCACUCUCUGUCAGGAGGUAUUUGACUCUAAGGUGUCCACCCAGCUUCAUUUGGCUGUGAAGCACAGCAACGAGAAGAAAGUGUAUCGCUGCACCUCCUGCAAUUGGGACUUCAGGCACGAGACGGACCUGCAAUUACACGUCAAACACAGCCACCUGGAGAACCAAGGCCGGGCCCAUCGUUGCAUCUUUUGCGGGGAGUCCUUUGGGACGGAGGUGGAGCUGCAGUGUCACAUCACCACCCAUAGCAAGAAGUAUAACUGCCGCUUCUGCAGCAAGGCCUUCCAUGCUAUUGUGCUUUUGGAGAAGCAUCUGAGGGAGAAACACUGCGUGUUUGAGGGAAAGGCACAGAACUGUGGCGCUAAUGGAUCCACCGUGGGCAGUGCAGACGGCCAGCCGAAAGAUGAGGCCGAGUUGCAUGGUCUCCUUACAAACAGCCAUGGCACAGGGACCACAGUUGGAUCUGUUGUGGAGUCCCAGAAUAGCCAUGACGGAAGUGAGGAGGAGGUGGACACUGCAGAGCCCAUGUAUGGAUGUGACAUUUGUGGAGCAUCUUACACGAUGGAGUCUCUCCUCACAAACCACCAGCUGAGGGACCACAACAUUCGCCCCGGUGAGAGUGCCAUGAUGAAAAGGAAAGCCGAAAUGAUUAAAGGAAACCACAAGUGCAAUGUAUGCUCUCGCACCUUCUUCUCUGAGGCCGGUUUAAGGGAGCAUAUGCAGACCCACCUUGGGCCCGUCAAGCACUACAUGUGUCCCAUCUGUGGAGAGCGUUUCCCAUCUUUGCUCACACUGACCGAACACAAGGUUACCCAUAGCAAAAGUCUUGAUACCGGCAGCUGCCGCAUUUGUAAGAUGCCUCUGCAGAGUGAGGAAGACUUCCUGGAGCAUUGUCAGAUGCACCCUGACCUGAGGAACUCCCUGACAGGCUUCCGGUGCGUGGUGUGCAUGCAGACAGUGACCUCCACGUUGGAGCUCAAGAUCCACGGUACCUUUCAUAUGCAAAAAACGGGCACCAUGACCUCGAACCAACCCAUGGGCCGCAGCAACACCAUCUGUCAGAACCAGCAACAACAUCAUGCCCAAAAACCUUUCAAGUGCGCCUCCUGCUUGAAAGAUUUCCGCUCCAAGCAGGACCUGGUGAAACUGGACAUCAACGGCCUGCCGUAUGGACUUUGUGCAUCUUGUGUGGCCAACGCUGGCUCCAAGAGCUCUAGCCCGACAAUGAAUGGAGGGAGACAGCAGCAGCAGGGCGGUGCCGCCACUCCAGCACCGAACACUGCUCAAUGGAUCCAAGGAGAAUGUCUCAGCCCUGGAGAGGGCAAAGGCAAAAUGGUCUCCUCUUCGUCAUCGUCGUCCUCGACAUCCUCAACAUCGGCCGCAAAGACACGUUGUUCGACCUGCAACGUCAAAUUCGAGUCAGAGGCGGAGUUGCACAACCAUGUCCAGGCAGUGCACCGCGACCAAGGAGGGGACAGUAACAGUGGACAGCUCAAAACCCCACAGAUGUCCCCCAUGCCUAGAUCAAGUCCAUCCCAAACUGAAGAGAAGAAGACCUACCAGUGUAUCAAAUGUCAAAUGGUCUUCUACAGUGAAUGGGACAUCCAAGUUCAUGUGGCCAACCAUAUGCUGGGCUCACAAGUAUCUGGAUCACAUCACCAACUAGAGGAGGGCUUGAACCACGAGUGCAAACUGUGCAGUCAGUCCUUCGACUCGCCGGCCAAGCUUCAAUGUCACCUGAUUGAGCACAGCUUUGAGGGAAUGGGCGGAACCUUUAAGUGUCCUGUCUGCUUCACAGAUCCCAGUAUGAGUGGUGGAAAGAUAGUUGGGACAGCUUGGGGUAGAAGCACCCUCCGGUAAUACACUUUCAGUCCCAAACUUUCCCUUAUCUGAGGCACAGUAUCAAAACAGUUCUCCACGAAAUGUGACGAACAUAAUUUUGAAGAAUGUGACAAGGCGAAUGGCGUCUUUUGGAAGUUUGAACAGGCUUACACCAUCUGCUGGAGUGUUCGAGCAAAAGCCUGUCACACAACAAGCGGGUAUAAUAUAAAAAAAAAAAUAUGACAACAACAGAAAAUCAAAGAAAAAUGCCCCACAACAAUAUAGAAACCAACGUAUUCCAUGCGUAGCUCAGAGAGGGAGUGUUCUUGAAGUGACAUUAUUUUAUCCGUCUUAAAUGUAAAAAAAAAAAAAAAAAAAAAAAAAAGGUAAAUAUGUCAACAUUCAAGCACACAAAAUUUGCCUUUUAAUGUUAUUUUGCAAAAAUACCAAGAUUAACGCGUUUUGGUGUCAUGAGCACACACCUCCACAAUAUUUGGUACGCCUGCACAAUCCUAUUUCUUUUUAAUGUAACAAUAAUAAUAAUAAUGAUAAUUUUAAUAUCAUAAAAGUAAUCCUUUUUCUCAGGCAACACCUCCUUGUUUGUUUUUAUGAAAGGCAUGUUUAAAUUCACUUAUGAAAUAAUAAUAAUACAUGAUUUACAAUAAUAUACGUACAGUAUAUAUUCUUUGUUUAUAUUUCAUUUUCAUUAUAUUAUUAUUAUCACUCUUAUAUCCAUUCAUUCAUUUUCUAUGCUGCUUAUCCUAAUUAGGGUUGCGGAGGUAUGCUGGAGUCUAUCCCAGCUGACUUCGGGCGAGAGGCGGGACACACACUGGACUCGUUGCCAGCCAAUGACAGGGCACAUAUAGACAAACAAUCAUUCACACUCACAUUCAUACCUAUGGACAAUUUAGAGUCGCCAAUUAACCUAACAUGCAUGUUUUUGGAAUGUGGGAGGAAACCGGAGUACCCGGAGAAAACCCACGCACGCACGUACACACGUCUUUAUGUGUGAGAGUAAAACAUAAUUAUAAUAUCUAACAUUUAUAACAUUUUAUAUUAUACAUACUGCCAAUUGUUUUAACUGCAUGCUAUAGUUCACGAAUGUUAGUAAAUAUUAUUUAAGAGAUAACGCCUGCUGGAGUAGUCCAAUCAUAAAGGAAAAACUGUCAUUGUAGCAAUAGCGGCUGAAUUCCUAAAAGCGUAGCUGGCACUCACUGUUCAUGUUUUAUUUUGAAAUACCUCAUGUGACCAAAAACACCCAGUGGGAGGUCCUUUGUCUUUGACACUCCUGACUAAAGGGGACAAAAAGAGGACAAAUCUCACCCUAAAAGUGACUGGCAGAAAAGUCGGAUUAAAAGUAAGUCAUAUAGACCAGGGGAGACAAAAUAGAGGAGAAAAGGAGACGCAAACUUGGAGGAGGCUGAGAAGGUUGCAACCGGCAAGUUUGGAUGUGAGAUGAAAGUGCAGAAAAAGAGGAGGAGGAAGACAGAGCCAGAGUGGGGAGGGAGAGUAAAUGGAGAGAGAAAGAGAGAGAGAGAGGUCCACAAGCCCCUGGAUGAUGAGAGGGAGGCUGACUCUCCCAGGACACAUUUGACAGGUUUCAGAAGUGGGGGAGCCUGCAGCUAGAAGUGUCUGCCUGCACCCUCAGGAGCAGCAGCCAGCCAGGGUGUGCUGUGGAAAUUGUGAUUGGGAAUAUGCGCUUAAGACAAACAAAACAGAAGAAAGUGUGCCUGAUGAAAGUGGCACGUGUGUAUGUGCGCCUCUUCUCUUUUUUUUAUUCAUGUCGCUGCAUGAAGUAGGAAUUAAAAAAAAAAAAAAGAAACUAUGAGAUGCUCUGCAAAUUCACGGCAACGAGGCAAAUAUGCUUGUGUUUAAUUAGUUUGGGAGUUUAUUGGAAUUUAUUAUCAGUGUUCAUCGUUUUAAUCCCAAUAAAGCUGUACCUCUAGCAUCAGAAUGCAAAUGGUAGAUUCCUGUGCCCAUGUGAGCCAUCAUUCAACAUUAACCAGGAAGUAGCCUGAUAGCUAACAAAUGGACGGACAAACAAACACAAAUACGCCAGUUGUUAUUGCUAUUUGUAUGCAUGUAAUUGUAUUUGUAUGUAUUGUAUUUGUAUGUAUGUAAGACAGCUACAAAUUGUUACAGUCAAACCUCUGUUUUCGUAUGAUUCAGUUUUUAUUGAUUUGUGGUGUACACUGUAUCGGUUUUCAUACAAUACUGCUCGUAACAAACCAGUCCAUUUCCCUUGUAGUCUAUCAUUCCAUGAAAUUGCGUCCCCAAACAAAGCAUCCUAUGUGCUGUUGACUCACUGUCCAUGCAUUUUUUUAUUGAAUACAACUGCUAAAUAACCUGCAAUGGGGCUUAAGAAAGUCGCAAGUGAUUGAAUUUGAUGUAUGGGAAGUCUGCAUCAACAAUAAGUUCCGUCCCUUUCAUGUUUUUAACUAUUUUUCAUCGUUUUCUGCAUGUAAAACUAUCAAUUAUCAUUAAUAACGGAUAAUUAUAGCGUAAAUCCCAGUGUAUAAGCUGCUACUUUUUUGUCAAACUUUGAACCCUGCGGCUAAUACAUCGGCGUGGCAAAUUUAUGGCUAAAAACUGCAUUUCCCAUGAUGCUUGGUGUGGUCAUGUUCUAAACUUGUGACAUCUCCUAAAGCAGUGUUUGGAACACACUGUGGUACUACACCCUCGUGAGCAUCAGUUGAACAGUAUAGUACUGCAGAAAGUAAUGUGCUGCUAGAAAAAUGGCAAGACAAAGGCAAUUAACAAUGGAAGUGAGACAGACCAUCUUAACACUUAAAAAAAAGUAUUUUUUUUCCUACAGAGGAAUUUAGGUGUUCUAAAACUUUUGACUGGUAGUGUACUUAGCACCACAGGCGUACACAUCAUAUCCACUCACUUAUACUAUACAUCAAUAAAUAGAAAUAAAGCUAUCAUAUAAAACAAAACAUAAAAUGAUGUUUUGUUCUCUUGGAGAUGAAUAAAGUUGCUCUCUAUCCAUCUGCCGAAAUAUAGGCGCCCAAACGUAGAUGCAGUCUUCUUCUUUUUGUUUAUGACGGGUCGCGGCCAACAUUUAGGUGCAUACUGCCACCUACUGUACCGGAAUGUAGACGCGUUGUGCACAUUUGCAGUGACACCCCGGAAGUGCCAAGCCUCCAUCGUAGAAAAUACAAAAAGAAAUGAAUAUGAUGCCACUUUCAAGUUAAAGGCAAUGGAUUUGAGGACAAGCGACAUAGAAGAUGGAUGGAUGGAUGGAUGGAUGGAUGGAUGGAUGGAUGGAUGGCAAUGGAUUUGCCUGUCAAGACUACUGCCAGAUGGAGGACACAGACUACACCAAAAGAGAGAGAGAGCCGACAACAUGUGUAACGAGGGAAUUAGGACGCUGUUGAAUUCUGAUGCAGAAGAGGGUAGGCUAUUGUUAUCUUAUGUUACAUGUGCUAUUUAGAACCGUUUAACUGUGUACUGUGUACCUGUGUACUGUUCUGCACUGUUAAUUAGUAGUGUUGCACCGCUGUCUGGCACGCACUGUUUGGAAAAAAGCAUUUAUUUAGUUAAAAGUUUGUAUUUAUUAUAUUAUUUAUUUUAUAAAAAGUGUGAAAACUGAUUGACAACAAUUUUAAAACUUAAAAUUACAGUAAAAAAAAACUAAAAGUACUUUUUAUAUGGUAACUUUGAGAGACAAAAAGUUGUGAUUGUUUUGUCUUUAGCUGUGUUUUUGUCUGCAUAUGCCGUACAACAGCAGGUCAGUGCAGCUGCAGGAAGCCCUCAUUAUGUCUCUGGCUAGAGGAGGAAGAAGUCAAUACAGCAAAAAUAAAAAUGGAUUUUGACACACACAAGAAGGAGAGGGGGCCUUCAAACACGAAAAAGCAAGCAGCACAACGGCAAUGACAAAUUAGCAGUUUAUAUGCUGCGUCCAUACCUGUAAUACUGUAAAUCACUGUAGUAUGAAUGCUAGCUGUAAUGGUGUAGAUUGCUUUGGGUCAUAAGAUGUUCCAGCAUUAAUGUAAUCUAUAAUGUAGUACUACGUCCAAACUGUGUGUCCGCCUACUGAGUAAAGAGAGAGCAAAACAACUUUGUAGAUUUAGUGGGCCGUCUACUUGGGCAUCAAGGGUGUCAGUGCUGAAGGGAGCGAGGGGGCCAAGGUCUCCUCGCUGUGGGGGAUAUUAAGCCUUCUGAUUUGCUCUCAGGGGCCACCCAUGGCAGACAUCUCCUAUUCUAUACAGGCCCCAGCUCAUCUUUAUUUUGGCAGGGUUGGUGCUCUCUGCAGGCUGCACUGCACCACAAUACUAAGCUGUUUGUGCAAGGAGGGAAACAAAGUUGAUCCCCACCCCCACCUAUCUCCCCUUUUCUCCUUUUCAUUUAUUUAUUCUUCUAGCCUACAUGUGUUUGUAUCCGCUUAAUCACAAUGCAGAGGCUGUUCCGCAGCAGAACACAUCCGAGGCAUUGUGGAGACAAUAUGUACAAUUUUUUUCUUAUUGCUACGACGAACUGGAACAAAACUGGAAACAUCAGGGCACGGUCUUCUUGCACAAGAGUUUAAGUUUUAUCAGGCAAGGGAUCGUAUUUGGCAACUAACAAAAUAUAAUCAUAGUCAAUCAUAUUAAGUCCAGUAAAUAGUCCAGUCGUCCCUCGUUUAUCACAGCUAACUGGUCCAAUAAUCGACUGCGAUAAGUGAAUUUCUGCAAAGUAGGAUUCAAUAUUAAUAAAUGGAAUAUUUUCAUAAUUAUGGCGUAGAAAACCUGUUUACGAUCUUCUAAAUACUGUUUUUAACAUUAUUAGAGCCCUAUAGACAUGCAAUAACACCCAUAUAGUCACCUUUACAUUUGUAUUACCCAAUAUAGUUGAUAUAAUCAGAGAAAAUAAGACAUAUAGACAUAUUAAACAUAUAAGACAUAUUAAACAUAAAUAAGAUAACAUAUACUCAUACAUUAGCAGUUCCUUUUUUCUGGACAGCGUACUUCCUGCGGUGGCUAUUGUCUCACCAGUGUAAUGUAAUAGCGGCUUUAAAUGGCUUUACACUCGCAUUACCCAAUAUAGUAGAUGUAAUAAGAGUAAAUAAGCCAUAUAAGACGUAAAUUGAAUAAUACGCGGUACGAUCCGUGGGAGAGACUCCUCGGCAAAAAGUACACUGCUAAUCGAUAGAUAUGACCUGAGAAUACAGUGACCUGGAUGAAUGACAAUAUUUACAGGCAUAAUAGAUAGAUAGAUACUUUAUAUCUAUCUAUGUAAUAAUAGCAGUAAUAAUAGCCGUCGAGGCAGCAGUGGUGUUCAAGAUCCCGCUGUAAAUGACGAUGAUGACGGCUGGGUUUGAUUGAGAGACGAGGAAGAGUAUCACAAGUGGAUCGGACAUUUUGAUGAGCCGGUAUCGUGGUGACAGGGAUCUGACAAAUUCUGAGCCUGGUGACGUUAUAAUAUGCACAUUAGAUGAGUAAAUUUACUCCCAUCACAAACUUUGGGUCAUACUGAUGUUUUUUUCUCAUUUAAUCUCUAACCAUUUUCAAGCUACCACCUUUUGAACUAGUCAUGUCAAAACUGAAAAAAGUCUGGUGCCUAAAGGGUUAAGAUAUAACUUUUAUAGUCAGCACUCUUUCUUGUGGAUCACCUUAUUUGCCGGUGCCGAUACUUGCAGGCCAAUACCUGGUUCAUGUAAGAUGAUGUAAGAUGAUGGGACUGUACCAUUUUUAAUUGUUAGGCAGGGGAUAAUGUUUUCAUCGUGACCCACACAUCAAAAACGAGAAAUGACAUCCUCUAGGAAAAGUGAAUUAUAGUGAGUUUUCAUGUGUUAGCUAGCUAGCUACUUCCUGGUUCAUGGAGAAAGACUGAAAAAAUACUUCACGUCAGGUUAGCAUGUGGCUGUGAUGGUGGGACAGCUGUCGCGACACUAUUAACAGUCUGAGAACAUCACCACAGUGCGUCUGCUCUGCCUAGAAACGUUCAUGUGUGACACUCAACGAGUUUGUCUCAGACGUACGCCGCUCAUAAUUAAUACACCCAGGUGAGUUCAAAUUGGGCCUGUUGCAGAGAGCCGCGCCAAGGGGGCCCACCGUAACCCCAGCCACCGUCUCGCGGUCCCGAGCCUCUGUGUCUUCCUUCCUCUCCACGUGGCUCCACGGUGCAUUUAUUAGAAGAAAAGUUAUUUUGAGCUGUAAGAAAUUCAAAUGAAGGCUCCCACAUGAUAACUUUUUUUCCUCCCUUUGAGAUGAGACAGCCGUCCUUAAAGCACAGGGGUCCGGGAUAACAAACGGCAUGUUUGAAGUGUUCCUUGGAGAACGUUGAAACACACCCACGCAUUCAAGGCACAUCCACUCAAGACCCACACCACCGUUAUCCCCCUUGGCUCUACCAGUGUGGAC